CGAGCCCUGUGGGUUCGAGCCCACGUACCAGGAGCUGGCGAGCGCCGUGCGGGAGGAGUACCCGGACAUCGAGAUCGAGUCCCGCCUGGGGGGCACCGGUGCCUUCGAGAUCGAGAUCAACGGGCAGCUCGUCUUCUCCAAGCUGGAGAACGGGGGGUUUCCCUACGAGAAGGAUGUGAGUAUUGCUCUGGGGGUCCCAUCCUGGGGGUCCUGGGGUCGGCAAGGGUGGGCCAGGGGUGGUUUGGUUUGCACUGA